GAACAAAGGGAAACCCCCGCAAGCCAACAAACCCGGGCGGCCGGGUCGCCUCUCUCGUGGAACACAGCACUCCCCACCGCAACGCGGACCGAUCGCGCCACCGGGACGGGCCAUGCCGCCGCCGGAGAUCCUCCUCGGCGCCGCCGAGCUCUGGCGCCCCACCGCUCGCGCCGGUGGCUGGGCUACCGCCGCCGCGCUCCUCCUGCUCCUCUUCUUUCACCUCUCCGUCCUCCUCGUCCGCCGCGCCCGCGGCCGCCGCGGACGCCUUAUCCAACCAGAGACCACCACCGCGGGUUCCGCCUCCUCCGCAGCCGCCUCGCUCUCCUCCGGCUCCAGCACAGGGAUAGAGGAGCUUGUGACGGAGGACGAUCUGAGGCAGCUGGUGAGCAGUUUAGGGGUGGGCGCCCGAGAGCCGGAGCUUGAGGGUUGGGAGCCUGUCAUCGCCAAGGCGAACGACGCCGUAUCGUACAAGGCUUGGUGCGACAAGCCCGCGGAUGGCCCGCCUAAAUAUCUUAGCGUGACAACUUAUGAGGGAUGCACAACAGAACUUUUGAGGGACUUUUACAUGGAUAAUGAUUAUAGAAUGGUGUGGGAUAACACUGUAACAAAGCACGAGCAGCUGCAAUGUGAUGAAAAUAGCGGAAUUGAGAUAGGGCGUACAGUUAAGAAGUUCCCUCUUUUAACACCAAGAGAGUACAUAUCGGCAUGGCGAGUUUGGGAAUCAAAUGAGAAUUCUUUCUAUUGUUUGGUCAAGGAAUGUGAACACUCUCUUGCACCAAGACAGAGAAAAUUUGUUCGAGUACGACUUCUGAGAUCGGGAUGGUGUAUUAGGAAAGUCCCUGGAAGAGAUGCAUGCCAAAUCACAGUGUUGCAUCAUGAGGACAAUGGCAUGAACAUCGAGAUGGCAAAGCUGGCCUUUUCCAAGGGCAUCUGGAAUUACAUUUGUAAAAUGAACAAUGCUUUACGCCGGUAUCCUCAGAACCAUGGCCCAUCAGUAUCAAUUCUAACCAUGCAAAGACUUAUGAAGAAGUUUUCCCAGGCCUUACAGACCAGCAUGGACGAAGGUCAUCUAUCUCCAGUGAAUACAGCUGCAGCUGUUGUUCCUUCUACACAUUUAACGGGAACUUCACCCUGCAAGCUGGGGAAGAAGUCUUCACGGGAAACAAUUGCAAGUGGACUUUUGCUUAUUGGAAGCAUCGUUUGUCUGUCCAAAGGCCGGUCUAAUCUUGGCGCUCAGCUUGCGAUGGCAUUCUUCCUGAAGAAGGCGUUUAAGCAAGACAAAGGAUCAGGCUCGCCGAGAGGAAGAACUGAUGCCACUGUAUCCAGGCACUAGUAGUAGGACUGGCUUAAGCUGCGAAGACUACCGUUUUAUGAUCCGUAUUAUAAACACACUGAGUACUGCUUACCUUUUUUCUUUUUUGAGAAGAGAGUAUUUCUUACUUGAAAAUGCACGACUAUACAGCGUUUUCAGCCUGAGUUAUGUAAAUAAUAAGUUUUGAAAUAACCUUCUUCCCCAGUUAGCGCUUGGGAUGGUA